AUGGAGAACAGGAAUAAUGUCACUGUGUUUAUUCUCUUGGGACUAUCACAAAACAAGAACAUAGAAAUCAUCAGAUUUGUCUUAUAUUUAUUUUGCUACAUUGCUAUUUGGCUAUUUGAAAAUUUGCUCAUAAUGAUUUCUAUUGCAUGCACUCCCCUCAUUGACCAACCCCUGUAUUUCUUCCUUUAUUACUUCUCACUCUCCAACCUUUGCUACACAUCUACAGUGAUACCCAAACUAAUGACUGAUCUACUGGCAGAAAGGAAGACCAUUUCCUACAAUAACUGCAUGACACAGCUUUUUAUCCUUCACUUCCUUGGAUGUAUGGAGAUCUUCAUCCUCACAGGGAUGGCCUAUGACCACUACGUGGCCAUCUGCAAGCCUCUGCAUUACACAAGCAUCAUGAGCAGACACAGGUAUAACACAAUAAUCAUAGCCUGUUGUACUGGAGGAUUUAUACACUCUGCCAGUCAGUUUCUUCUCACCAUUUUCUUACCUUUCUGUGGACCCAACGAGAUUGAUCACUAUUUCUGUGACGUGUACCCUUUGCUGAAAUUGGCUUGCACCAAUACAUACAGAAUUGGUCUCCUGGUAAUAGUUAAUUCAGGUCUCAUUGCUUUGGUGACUUUCGUGAUUUUGAUGGUGUCUUAUUUUUUGAUAUUGCAUACCAUCAGGGGUUACCCUGCAGGAAGUCAUAGCAAAGUUUUUUCUACUUGCAGUUCUCAUAUCACAGUCGUGGUUCUGUUCUUUAUGCCUGUCCUCUUCAUUUACAUUAGACCAGCCACCACUCUUCCAGAAGACAAAGUGUUUGCUGUUUUCUACACCAUCAUUACUCCCAUGUUCAAUCCUCUGAUUUACAUCCUCAGAAACACAGAGAUGAAGAAUGCUUUGAGGAAAAUUUGGUGCCAGAAACCAUUUUUGACUGACAGGCAAAUCAUAAGAAAGGCAGUCUCCCUCCUAAUUACACACCUUAUUUCAGUGAUAUUUGUUUACUUAAGUUUCUACAACAAUGAGCUGUGCUCUAGAAAAAAUAAGCAUUGA